AUGGAUACAAUCCUCCCCUAUGACCAGUGGCCGGACGACAUACCUAGCUCCUAUGUGAGGGCAACGGAUGAGGAGUGGAACGCACUGGUUCACGAGGGCUACAAGAGGGGACUGUUUCAAUUUUGUCCUGAGGAAGAGGUCUUAACAGGCCCUACUGGUGAGAAGAUUCUCAAUGGGGCUGGUGCAGUCCCAAAAGAAAAGGAUGGACAGGUGUUGCAACGGUUCAUCUCCAUCUUUUGCCCGCUCAAUGCGGUGAGUAGGAAGAUUGAAGGCCAAGAAGGAACCUUGCCCUACGUGGGCCAGGUCUGUUUGUUGAAUCUUCCAGAAGACGGCUGCGUCCUGAUCGAUUCAGAGGAUCUCCAAAGCGCAUUCAACCUCUUUGAAAUGCCGCAGGGGUGGAGGGGUUUGUUCUGCUACCGGAAGCAGGUGCCAGGUACUGUCCUGGGGCUAGCCACAGAGGACCUGGUUUACGUCUCAUUGCGCACGGUGCCGAUGGGAUGGAUAUCCGCGGUAGGAGUUGUCCAGGCCGCCAUCAGACAUGUGGCCUUCAAGGAAGCCAAGCUUCCCCUAGAAGGGGAGAUCCAGAAGAACAAGCCCCUCCCAGAGGGUGACAAAUUCCUCUUGUACCUCGACUCGGUCGACCAGAUCCGGCCAGUCAGCAAAGCAAUGGCAAAGGUUUUGGAAGGGACUGGAUCAGAGGAACACCAGAGGUUGACCGAGGCGUGUGACCGCUUGGGGCUGCCUCGCAAUGAGGCCAAGACCUUAGCGGGCGCCCUCCAUGGUAGCAUCCAGGGAGGAGAGUUAAGGGGGAAUGAUGGUGUAUUCACCCUUCAGAUCAAAAAGAUGCAGCUUGAUGCCGCUCUUUUCAUGUGGCUGCUGGCGCAAGAAAAAUGGAACCCGAAACGGACCUCGGGAAUCAUCGGCAGGUUUAUCUUUGCCGGAGCUUUCCGGCGGCCACUGCUGGCUGGCUUUGCAGAGAUUUUCAAGCAUUUUGGGCAGACCACCACGAAGGUGGCGAGCAACCAAAGUUUUGAUGAGGUAUUGGGAAUGUUGGGCCUGCUGCCCUUCGCGUUCACCAACCUCAAGUCGCCGGUGAACCCGUACCUACAUGCUACCGACGCCUCGCCAACGGGGGCGGGCAGUUGCGUGGCACGUCAGGUUAAACGGGAGCCAGGAGCUUGCAAUCCCAGCGACCUCCUGUGUGGGUCCUGCCGAAAGGACAUGGGUGAAGCAAUGGCGGUCGGCGAGGAGAUUGAUUGUCCCAAGAAGUGCGGGGGACAUUUCUGCUCCCUUAGGUGCUACCUUGAGCACAGGGAUCAUUGCCCCUUGGCACGCCUGGCUGUGCCAGUGUUCAGCGAGCGAUGGAGCGGCCCAAAGGCCCCCUUGACCGAAGCCAUGUUACGACAAGGCUUCGACCUCUUGCCGCCUUAUGAUCGAGCACGUGGAGCAGGGAUGGACUUUUUCACCGAAGAAGGUAAAAGUCAGUGGGCCGUCUUGGCCGAAGAAGAUCCGGACUACGAACACCAUGCGCCGGAUUGCAAAACCAUGUCCAGAGAGUUGGAUGAUGCUGGAAAAUACUUCUCACUGGAGCACCCGUAUCGGAGCUUCAUUUGGUAUAUGAAAGCCACCAUGGAGUUGGCGGCGCGGCCCAAUGCCCGGAUGGCCGUAUUCAGCAACUGCUGCUAUGGUGGGCGCAGGGCCAAGUGGACCGCAGUGCUCACCAACAAUGUUGGUAUCUAUGAGGUCCUCCACAAACCUGAGUGCCCCCACCAUGGGGAGGAUUAUCAACCGUAUGUGGCCGGAGGACGGGUCAUCUUCCCCACCGAAGAGGAGGCCCAAUACCCCACAGGGCUCUGCACCGAGUAUGCGCGCGGAGCAGCCGCCCAUUUGGGUUUGGCCGCGCAUGUGCAGCAAGCUCACCAGUUGGCCCGCCUGCAGGCGGUGGAAGCUGCCCUCGCAAAAUACCACAAGUGCGAGGAUUUGGAGCUCCGCCAGAAAAUGGCGAAGGAAAUCAUCCAGGUCGAAGACCGAAUGGUCGCGGGGCAGGAACGGCAGCAUUUGGAGUGGUUGCUGACCCGAGCCCACUACAGAGGGAGUGACAUCCGCCUGGCCGUGGAGCACUGUGGUGCCAAGCAUCUGGUGCCGUACCCCGCUGGGCGCUGGCUUUGGCGUGAUGUCCUCAGCUUCAAGUGGAAGAAAGAAGCGCACAUCAACGUGCUUGAGGCGCAAGCUUUCCUUGCCCACGUCCGUCGCAUCUUGCGUGACCCGCUGUUGCGCAGCUGCAGACUGAUGAUCGUGGUGGACAGCCAGGUGCUGUUCUAUGCGGUGGGCAAGGGCCGGUCUCCUUCCACCCAGCUGAAUCGAGUCCUACGCAGACUCAUAACAGUGCAAAGCUACCGGCGUGCAAUUCGGAACUUCUUCCGAUACCUGGAUGAUGAGGAGCUUCCAGUUCCGGGUAACUCCAAAAGGUUAGACCAGUGCGUCAGCCUUUACCUGGAACAUAUGUGGCAGGAUGAUCAGCCGAUCACCUAUGCGGUUAGCCUGGCAGCUCUGCUGCUAGUGUCCUUCUUAGCUUUCCUACGUACAGGGGAGCUCGUUUCACUCGCCGCAACACAGGUUGCGGUUGACACAGCCCUUGGGCGAAUCUUGGUGGCGCUGCCCAGCACCAAAACAUCGCGCCAGCGUGAGGAAACGGUCUGUGUAGAGGAUCAUUUAGUGGCUAAGCUGGUAGCUUAUGUUUUGCGCCAAGGUUGCCAGGUCUUUUGGGAGGAAUCUGCUGCUUCUUUUAGAUCCACCCUCAAACAAUUUGCUGCCUUCUUUAAGCUCGAAGAGUUUGCCUUUUCUGCCUAUAGCCUUCGUCGAGGAGGUAAUGUGCUUAAGUUGGAAAUGUGCCAUGAAGGUAUAAAGGAGCACUUUUUGCAGCUCAUGGCGAGCUUAGCCGGGUUGGAUGGUCACCCGUGGCAGUUUAAUUCAUUGGUGUACAGUGAAGAAUUUGGGGAUAUCUCGAAGUAG